AUGCCUCAGACACCUCCCUUUGCAGCAAUGUUCGACAGCAGCGGUUACAACCGGAACCUGUACCAGUCGAAGGAGGACGGCUGCGGAGGCCUGUAUUACCAUGAAAACAGCCUGCUGUCGGGAUCUCUGGAAGCCCUCAUCCAGCAUUUAGUGCCCACCGUCGAUUACUACCCUGAUAGAACCUAUAUAUUCACCUUCCUUCUCAGCUCUCGACUCUUCGUGCAUCCUUAUGAAUUGAUGGCGAAAGUUUGCCAUCUGUGUAUCGAGCAGCAGAGGCUAGCAGAGCCGGCGGCGGAUAAAAGUCGGUUACGGAAAAUCGCCCCCAAAAUUCUGCAGUUGUUAACAGAGUGGACAGAGACAUUUCCAUAUGAUUUUCGAGAUGAGCGAAUGAUGAGGAAUUUGAAAGAGUUGGCCCAUCGGAUAGCCAGCGGAGAUGAGAUGUACCGGAAAAACGUCCAGCAGGUCACCCAGAGUCUCAUCCGGAAGCUGGCCUCGCUCAGCCAGUACGAGGAAGUUCUUUCAAAGAUCAAGGCCAGCUCGACGGACAGGCUGACGGUGCUGAAGACCAAGCCUCAGGCCAUCCAGAGGGAUAUCGCCACCGUCUGCAGUGACCCCUACAUGCUGGCUCAGCAGCUGACCCACAUAGAGCUGGAGAGGCUCACUUACAUUGGACCGCAAGAAUUUGUCCAAGCGUUCGUACAGAAGGAUCCCCUGGAUAACGAUAAGAGCUGCUACGGCGAUCGGAAGAAGACUCGGAACCUGGAAGCAUACGUGGAAUGGUUCAACAGACUGAGCUACUUGGUGGCGACCGAAAUCUGCAUGCCUGUCAAGAAGAAACACAGAGCAAGGAUGAUAGAGUUUUUCAUCGACGUGGCCCGGGAGUGUUUUAACAUUGGCAACUUCAACUCCUUAAUGGCCAUCAUUUCUGGAAUGAACAUGAGUCCCGUCUCUCGAUUGAAGAAAACCUGGUCAAAAGUCAAGACGGCCAAGUUUGAUAUUCUUGAGCAUCAAAUGGAUCCUUCCAGCAAUUUCUACAAUUACCGCACAGCUCUGCGUGGAGCAGCUCAAAGGUCCUUGACAGCUCACAGCAACAGGGAGAAGAUCGUGAUCCCUUUCUUCAGCCUGCUGAUCAAGGACAUUUACUUCCUCAACGAAGGCUGCGCCAACCGUCUUCCCAACGGCCAUGUCAAUUUCGAGAAAUUUUGGGAAUUGGCUAAGCAAGUGAGUGAAUUCAUGACAUGGAAACAAGUGGAGUGCCCUUUCGAGAGAGACCGGAAAAUCCUUCAGUAUCUGCUCACUGUCCCAGUCUUCAGUGAAGAUGCGUUGUACUUGGCAUCCUACGAGAGCGAAGGGCCAGAGAAUCACAUUGAAAAGGACAGAUGGAAGGCUCUGAGGUCGACCCUUCUGGGAAGGGUCUAACGUGUUACUGGCUUUUGGCUCCCGCUGCUGCUGCUGUUUACAGGGAUU